AUGGAGUGUAAGAAUGGAAGCAAAAGUAAGAAAUAUGUUAAUUGCAAUACAGCUGAUAUUAGGUUCCAUAGAUUUCCUAAAAAUCCUUUUUAUCAACAAAUAUGGAGUAGUGUUUGUAAUGGGAAAAAUCUAAACACUAGUAAUGCCUAUAUUUGUUCAUUGCAUUUUGAUGCUGAUGCAUAUUGCAAGCCAUUAAUUGAAUCACUUUUAAAUUAUUCACCAAGGCAUAAAAGAAAAUUAAAAAGUGAUGCUGUUCCUACGUUAAAAUUAAGUAAAUUAUCUUAUGAUAAUUCUAGUAAGACACCAUAUUCUCUAGAAACAAGUGGAGUGAAUCCUGUCGACAAAGAAUUUGACGAUAUCAAUUAUCCUACUUCAGAUUUUAGUCAACGUUUUCUCAAGAUGCCAGCUGAAAUAAAUUGUCGAAAUAUGGCUCCGAAAAGAAAGUAUGACGAUGGAUACAUAAAAUUUGGAUUUAUCGCAAUUGAAACUAACCGUGAAAUUCGACCGCAGUGUGUAAUAUGUGCCACCGUUCUCAGUAAUGAUGCGUUGAAACCCGCCAAGUUAGAACGGCAUUUAAAAAGUAUCCAUCCUACAUUAAGUGAUCGACCACCAGAGUUUUUCAUGGGUAAAUCAGAAAAUUUAAAAAAAAUGAAACUAGGAACAAGUGGUUCAAGAUUUGAGUCAAACGAUAAAGUCCUAUCUGCGUCAUUUAAAAUUUCACAAUUAAUCGCAAAAUCAAAGAAACCACACACAAUUGGUGAAAAUGUAAUAAAACCUUGUUUACUAACUGCUGUAGAAGAAAUUUUAGGUGCGGAAGCAAAAAAGAAAAUUCAAGAAAUUCCAUUAUCGAAUAAUACUUUACUGGUUUUUGUUCGAUUUUUGGACAACGACAAUUUAAUAAAAGAAGAGCUUUUAUUGUUACAAGAAUUGGGUACUACGUCAAAAGGAAAUGAUGUAAUGAAGAUAAUAAAUGAUUAUUUUGAAAAGCACGACAUUAUGUGGGAAAAGUUAGCAGGUUUUUGUACGGAUGGUGCUCCAGCUAUAAUAGGAUCACGCUCAGGCCUAACAACGUUGGUGAAAGAAAAAAAAUGUAAAGUAUUGACAACACAUUGUAUUAUUCAUCGACAAGCAUUAGCAUCAAAAACAUUACCUGAAGAACUUCUAUAUACUUUGAAACAGGCCCUAAAAUUGGUAAACACCAUCAAAAGCAGUGCACUGAAUACUCGCAUUUUUAAAAAUAUAUGCUCGGACUUGGACUCAGAAUAUGAAACUUUACUUUUUCAUACCGAAGUCCGAUGGCUUUCGGAAGGUAAUAUGUUGGCACGGUUAUUUUCACUAAAGAAGGAGGUGGCAGUGUUUUUAACUGAGAAAAAAAAUGAUAAUUUAUUGAAAUGUAUUUGUGAUCAUAAGUUUGAAAUACACCUGGCUUAUCUUGUAGAUAUCUUCAAACAUUUAAACAAGCUCAACUUGCAAUUACAAGGCUCUGGAAAUAAUAAACUGGAAGGCUCUGGAAAUAUAUUCAUAUUUGAAGAUAAACUUCGAGCGUUUAUGUGUAAAAUUGAUUUGUGGAUAAGUAAAGUUGGAAUGAACAACUAUUCAGCGUUUCAAACACUGAAAAGCUUGGUUGAUAACGAAAAAUAUGCUGACCUCGUAAAUGAGGUACAGCAAAACGUUUUAGACCAUCUGAAAAAACUUAAAAAUGAAUUUAAUCGGUAUUUUCCAGAAUAUAAUGAUUUGGAAACGAAUAGUAUACAAAGUAUGAUUCGAAACCCUUUUAUCGUUAAAAUCAAUGAGGUACCUGAUAAUAACCAGGAAGAUUUGAUAGAGUUACAAAACGAUUGA